GAGGCUGCGGCCCUCCCAUUGGUCCGCCCGCGCCGAGGGAGCGGGGCCAGUCUCCGCGCGCCCUUUCGCUGCGGCGGCCGCGCUGCGCCACGGGCCCGGCGGCGUCGACCCCGCCGCCAUGGCCGUGCAGGAAGCCCGCCCCAACCACACCAUCUACAUCAACAACCUCAACGAGAAGAUCAAGAAGGACGAGCUGAAGAAGUCCCUGUACGCCAUCUUCUCCCAGUUCGGGCAGAUCCUGGACAUCCUGGUGUCGCGCAGCCUCAAGAUGAGGGGCCAGGCCUUCGUCAUCUUCAAGGAGAUCAGCAGCGCCACCAACGCCCUGCGCUCCAUGCAGGGCUUCCCCUUCUACGACAAGCCCAUGAGGAUCCAGUACGCCAAGACGGACUCGGACAUCAUCGCCAAGAUGAAGGGCACCUACGUGGAGCGCGACCGCAAGCGGGAGAAGAGGAAGCCCAAGGGCCAGGAGACGCCGACGACCAAGAAGGCCAUGCCGGGAGCGGCCGCCCCCGUGGCCAACGCCGUGCAGGGCGCCGUGCCGGGGAUGGCGAUGAACCAGGCUCCCCGCAUGAUGCACCACAUGCCAGGCCAGCCGCCCUACAUGCCCCCGCCCGGCAUGAUCCCGCCGCCCGGCAUGGCUCCCGGAGGCAUGGCGCCCGGCGGCAUGGCCCCUCAGCAGAUGAUGCCCGGCCAGAUGCCUCCUGCCCAGCCGGUCUCAGAGAAUCCACCCAACCACAUCCUCUUCCUCACCAACCUGCCCGAGGAGACCAACGAGCUGAUGCUCUCCAUGCUCUUCAACCAGUUCCCCGGGUUCAAGGAAGUGCGGCUGGUGCCAGGGCGCCACGACAUCGCCUUCGUGGAGUUCGAUAACGAGGUGCAGGCCGGGGCCGCCCGCGACGCCCUCCAGGGCUUCAAGAUCACCCAGAACAAUGCCAUGAAGAUCUCCUUCGCCAAGAAGUGAGGCCAUGGCCUCCCCGCGUCCCGGUCUUAUCCCUCAGGGCUGCCCCCAUUCCCCUUUCUCCCCAUGUUGUUUGUACUGACUGUCAGGUAAGUGCUCCCAGGCUGGCCCAUCCUGGCACCCAGAGCCUUAUGCACCGUGCCUGACUCGCAGCAGCCCCUUGCUCCCAGCGGGUAAGUGCCCCGGAUGCCCACCAGCAGCUGAGCCAGCCUUGGUAGAGCAAGGCAGCCCCUGGAGACCGGGACCGGGUGGGUGGGGGAGGGCAGGGAGACAGUUGAUGGCCUCAUGGAAAGCAUUGUACCCAGGGUCUGGUGCUCAGACAUUGCACCUGGAGCUUCCCGCUGUGUAAUAAAGUUGUUUUGUUUUAGA